GACAUCUGGCUGUAUGUCAGAGCUGCUCUGGCUCACAGUGUGGAGGGUUUUACACCAAUAUAUUCUCCCCGGAGCAGGUCGUGCUGGGUACAUUCACCCCUUUUGGACAUGGAAGUGUUUGUUUUCCUGGCAGUAACACUUUUGCGCUGUACUAUAACCAAAUAGGCGGAAUGAUGACUGAUAAAGAAGGGGAAAUAGUGAAAGAAUGGCAAUGGCCCCUCAAAGGAAAGUUACCGGACCCCAUUACACUGCAGGUUAACGAACACCUUUCUGUCCGGAUUCUGGGGCAGUUUGCUAUUAGCUUGAUCUACAAAUGGCAGCAUGAAACCGUCCGGUUGUCCCUCUCUCCGCUCUUGGAUGUAUCGCCUCCACAGAUUGAAGAGCUGGGCCAACUUCUGACUAAUGAACAUUUUAGCUCAAGAACAGCUAAAGAACUGAGCAAGGCUCACAGAAAAAAAGGAAAAGAAAAAGAUACAAAGAAAAGUUCAAAGAAAGCAACAAUGUUAUCAGAGCUGGCAAAAACUCUUGAAAUCCCUGAAAAUCCUGUUUGCGCUUUAAGUGACUUCAAUGCAGCCAGUGAGCUCAGAAAACUUCAGAGAAAAGUCAGAAACAUUGUGGAUGACUGGAUGGAGCACUACCGACUGGCUUCAGGUGUUGACUCCCCGCACAUAAAGAAGAUGCCUAAAGCUCCCCCAAGAAUGGCACAUAAACGUAAAAUUCAUUCUGCAGCUGUAUUCCCUGUUACCUCAAAUCCCCCAGAGUCAAAACCUUUCCAGCAGACAGAUGCAGCGAGUGCCCCUGUCUCAGACGGUCAUCUUUUGCAUGGACGUUUCCAGUCAGCUCCCAUUCAAUCUCUUAUUAGACGAUGGGGUACUCCGCAGAGCUCUCCUUCUCCAAGACCAUCAUCUCUCCGGAGUGUUAAAAAAGAUCAGACCACAGCAGAGUCGAGCCGCGGCAUGAAUACAUCAGGAUUACUGAUUGUCAGUAAAUCAGGGAUUCCUGUAGACACAUCAGGUCCUCUACUGUCUAUAGAACAUGACUCUGAGAAGUUGUGGCACAUGUCAAACCAGGCUUGUCCUGUCAUCAUACGAAACGUCAUGCUGGGUGAAGAAGGACGGUUAUGCAGGUGUAGCAACUAUCAGAUUCCGUACGUGACAGAUCUGGAAUACGACCAACUGAUCAACAAGACCUCUCACACAGAUCAAAUCACAGUUGUGUGUGUUGUGUCAUCAUCGACUUUAGAAGACAACCACAGCAGAGAUAUGUUAGACCAGCUUUAUGAGAAAAAGAAUCGAUACAGAAGUAUGCCUUGCAUGCAGAGCCGACUGGACUCCUUUCGCCUGUUGAAGUAUGACAUCAGCUCGUCCAAUGAACUCACAGGUCGCAAGAAUUCCCUGCUUGUUCAACGUCACAAUGUUACCCCGGGCAUGGUUCUGAUGUAUAUUCAAGGAAAGCUGCUGUUUGCAAAUUACAUUUUUAACGGAUAUAGCAGAUCAAUUAAAGAUCUUCAGAAGCAAAUAGCACAAACUAGGAGUGACUACCAGAUGGGACUUAGUUUACCCAAAGACUUCAAAUUCAGUUACAAAGGCCAGCAGCAAGGACAAGAAAAGACAAUAUGUUAACUGGUGAAGACUCAACGUAUAAAAGUAUCCUACUUGGAAUAACUCAGUAAAUGAAGAAACUCCACUUAUUUCUUUUUAUUACGGGG